AUGCAUCGUCUUUUUGCUGAGCUGGAGCCAUCUUUAACCGUCACAGAGCAAAACCUGGCAGACCGAGUUCGGUAUAUCUUGCGCUCAAAUAUAUUUGAUGUCGCCGAACUCGAACGGCUACGACGUGAGGCUGUUCCCUCGUCGGAUGAGAAUGCUACGGCUGAGGAUGCGGCGCCACAAAUGGUAGAGCAACCCGCAAACGUGGAUGCCGCCGUGAAUACCCCAGUUGUGGUUGAUUCAAACGAUGAUGGAACAGUCGCCCAGGAACUGGAAUUAGAGCAUAUGAGGAGUACAUUGGAAGAGGCGAUUGUGGAAACGCGCAGUACGCCUCUCGAAAAUCGACCGCGACUUCCCCGCAUAGCCCUAAGCAAGCGGAAUCGGGCUGUCGUGAGGGCUCUGAACCCAAUGCUGGUGACCUAUUUGGAAGCCAGCCGGGACCUUUGCGAGACGGACUCAAUUCUUUUUGGCGCCGCGCUGGCAGUCUGCCGUAUCAUAGGCGCCAAGGUUUCCACGGCUGGACGCGCUACUGGCCAUAGUAGCGCUAUCCCAGCAUGGAGAAGAAGAAUUGAGGAACGUAUCGCAAAGGCUAGAGCUCUCAUCGGCAGACUGAUAUGCUUCAGAUCAGGCAACAACAGGCCAAGAAUUGUGCGCACCGUCAGGAUGGCGUUUGCUGGGACAAAUGUCAGUUUGUCCCAGCCGGAUAUAACGCAAAAACUGACGGAGCGCAUAGAUGAUCUGAAGCAGAGAAUCGCUGCUUGGGGAAAACGGAUUCGGCGAUAUACCGAGAGGUCGACACGGUUCAACCAGAAUCGUCUCUUCCAGAGUGAUCAGAAGAGGCUCUAUGAAUCAUUGGAGCGACCAAUGGUAAGUGGAACGGGUCCAGCACCGAAUCAGGCCGACACUGUAGCAUUCUGGCGCGGCCUGUGGUCAGAGCCCGUAAACCACAGCGAGGGCCCUUGGACGGAAGUUGUGGCGAGUCAGUGUGCGGGUAUUACGCCCAUGGACCCCGUCAUCAUAACGCCGGAUGACGUAGCUGAGGCGGUCCGUAGGGCCCCGAACUGGAAAAGUCCGGGGCUUGACGGGCUGCAUCACUACUGGCUGAAGGGGUUCAUGCUAACAUUUCUCCACUGGGAUGAAACUUACAGCAAAUAA